AGUCACAACCCGGCUGCCCGCGGCAGCACCGGGCAGCGAGGCCGUGGGAGCCGCCCUUCUCCUGGCGCAUCAGCUCUGGGACCGCGACUGGACGCGCAGGGCCGCCGCCCGCCCGCACCACUAGCCGCCAAGAUGUGCGACUGCUUCCACGUGGUGUUGCCCACCUGGCCCGGAGCCCCCGGCAGCGUGUCUGGCCGACAGCUGCAGCAGCGGGAGCCAGAGGCUGAGACGGAAGACGACUCUGUGACUGAAGGGCCUGCGGGUGAGAUCAUUCGGCCAAGGCCACAGGGGUCCUCACCUGUUUAUGAAUACACAGCUGAAGGUGCAGGCUUUGGAGGCCAGGAAAACAGUCAAGGCAGGCACAGCUCCUCUGGCAGACGUAGGUCCUGGUGGAAACGGGGUUCAGGGGACUCCGCAGCCUUCACCAGCAUGAGCCAUCCAGAGGAGUCAACAGAGGUGACACUGAAGACUGACGUGGAGUCAGGAGCCAGUGGCUACAGUGUCACAGGUGGAGGGGAUCAGGGGAUCUUUGUCAAGCAAGUACUGAAGGACUCGUCGGCUGCAAAGCUGUUCAACCUGAGAGAAGGAGAUCAACUGCUUAGUGCGACCAUAUUCUUUGACCAUAUGAAAUAUGAAGAUGCUCUUAAAAUCCUUCAGUACUCAGAACCAUACAAAGUUCAGUUCAGAAUCAAACGGAAACUCUCGGCCAGCAAGGGAGAGGAAGGGGCUGUUCAGCAUUCGCAGCAAGGCCAGGAAAAUCAGGACAAGGACAUUGCUGAUGGGUGCAUGGAGACCCCUACAAAAACUCUAGAAGAAGCUGGAGACCGAGAAAGGCUUAUUUCUAAGUCCAGGGACGGACACCAUAGGCGAACCCAGGACAGAUUCUCCUGGCCAAAAUUUCAAACCUUAAGGAGCAAGCAGAGGGCAGGCCCCCGACGCUCACACAGUUCUUCAGAAGCCUCAGAACACAGGGAAACACGAGAUAUGUCCCCCACAAGCACAGACACAGAAGUCCACAGGACAGCUGACAGACAGGAACGGAACACAGGGGAAGGGAGACGAAGACGGAGGUUCCUGAAUUUGAGGUUUGGAAUGACAUCAGGUCAGAGCCCAGAUACAAGUGAGCAGAAAGGCAAAGACCCCAAAGACAGGAGAGGAGAUGCUGGAGCGCUGGAUGGGUGCCCAACACAGGAGGAUGACACAAAGGACAGAGAGGUGGCAGUUGAAGGCCAAAGGAAGGACAAGAAAGAGACAACUGGGUACAUGUCUGAAAAAACCACGCAAAAAAACAUGAGAGAGAAUUACUACAGCAUGGAAAAAGAUAUCCCAGGUAAAAUAGAUUUAAAAACAGACAGACAUCAAAAGAAGAAAAAGCAGGAUAAAAAACAGGAAAAGCAGACAAAACUGUUGCAACAGAGAGGUGAACACACAACAGGACUGAGAUGGGAAGACAGUUGGGAGGAAGUAGAAAGUCUAGAAAUUGGCAUUGCAAGACUGUCUCUGAAAGACACACCAGAAGAAAACAUGGAAGUAAAUAUACAGGUCCCUAGUGCCAAGCUGGAGGGGGAGCUGACCCUGGCCGACAAGGACGUGGUGGCCAAAGACAGCAAGUUCAAGAUGCCCAAGUUCAAGAUGCCCUCCUUCGGCGUGUCCGCGCCUGGCAAGCCCAGCCUGGAGGCCUCUCUGGAGGUGGGUGCGCCCAAGGUGGAGGCGGACGUGGCCCCGCCCCAAGUGCAGGGCGACCUGAAGACCCCUGACCUGAGCGUUCAGCUGCCGUCCGCCGACCUGGAGCUCAAGGCCGGCCAGGUGGGCGUGAAGCUGCCCGAGGGACAGCUGCCCGAGGCAGAGCUGCCCGCCGCCCAGGCUGCUGCUGCUGCUGGGGCCGGCCUGAAGGGCCACCUGCCCAAGGUGCAGAUGCCCAGCCUCAAGAUGCCCAAGGUGGACCUCAAGGGGCCCCACGUGGACCUGAAGGGCCCCAAAGUGGACGUGAAGGGCGCCAAGGGCGAGGUGAGCGCCCCCGACCUGGAGGUGUCCCUGCCCGGCGUGGAGGUGGACAUCCAGGCGCCCGGUGCCAAGCUGGAGGGGGAGCUGGCCCUGGCCGACAAGGACGUGGCGGCCAAAGACAGCAAGUUCAAGAUGCCCAAGUUCAAGAUGCCCUCCUUCGGCGUGUCCGCGCCUGGCAAGCCCAGCCUGGAGGCCUCUCUGGAGGUGGGUGCGCCCAAGGUGGAGGCGGACGUGGCCCCGCCCCAAGUGCAGGGCGACCUGAAGACCCCUGACCUGAGCGUUCAGCUGCCGUCCGCCGACCUGGAGCUCAAGGCCGGCCAGGUGGGCGUGAAGCUGCCCGAGGGACAGCUGCCCGAGGCAGAGCUGCCCGCCGCCCAGGCUGCUGCUGCUGCUGGGGCCGGCCUGAAGGGCCACCUGCCCAAGGUGCAGAUGCCCAGCCUCAAGAUGCCCAAGGUGGACCUCAAGGGGCCCCACGUGGACCUGAAGGGCCCCAAAGUGGACGUGAAGGGCGCCAAGGGCGAGGUGAGCGCCCCCGACCUGGAGGUGUCCCUGCCCGGCGUGGAGGUGGACAUCCAGGCGCCCGGUGCCAAGCUGGAGGGGGAGCUGGCCCUGGCCGACAAGGACGUGGCGGCCAAAGACAGCAAGUUCAAGAUGCCCAAGUUCAAGAUGCCCUCCUUCGGCGUGUCCGCGCCUGGCAAGCCCAGCCUGGAGGCCUCUCUGGAGGUGGGUGCGCCCAAGGUGGAGGCAGACGUGGUCCCGCCCCAAGUGCAGGGCGACCUGAAGACCCCUGACCUGAGCGUUCAGCUGCCGUCCGCCGACCUGGAGCUCAAGGCCGGCCAGGUGGGCGUGAAGCUGCCCGAGGGACAGCUGCCCGAGGCAGAGCUGCCCGCCGCCCAGGCUGCUGCUGCUGCUGGGGCCGGCCUGAAGGGCCACCUGCCCAAGGUGCAGAUGCCCAGCCUCAAGAUGCCCAAGGUGGACCUCAAGGGGCCCCACGUGGACCUGAAGGGCCCCAAAGUGGACGUGAAGGGCGCCAAGGGCGAGGUGAGCGCCCCCGACCUGGAGGUGUCCCUGCCCGGCGUGGAGGUGGACAUCCAGGCGCCCGGGGCCAAGCUGGAGGGGGAGCUGGCCCUGGCCGACAAGGACGUGGCGGCCAAAGACAGCAAGUUCAAGAUGCCCAAGUUCAAGAUGCCCUCCUUCGGCGUGUCCGCGCCUGGCAAGCCCAGCCUGGAGGCCUCUCUGGAGGUGGGUGCGCCCAAGGUGGAGGCGGACGUGGCCCCGCCCCAAGUGCAGGGCGACCUGAAGACCCCUGACCUGAGCGUUCAGCUGCCGUCCGCCGACCUGGAGCUCAAGGCCGGCCAGGUGGGCGUGAAGCUGCCCGAGGGACAGCUGCCCGAGGCAGAGCUGCCCGCCGCCCAGGCUGCUGCUGCUGCUGGGGCCGGCCUGAAGGGCCACCUGCCCAAGGUGCAGAUGCCCAGCCUCAAGAUGCCCAAGGUGGACCUCAAGGGGCCCCACGUGGACCUGAAGGGCCCCAAAGUGGACGUGAAGGGCGCCAAGGGCGAGGUGAGCGCCCCCGACCUGGAGGUGUCCCUGCCCGGCGUGGAGGUGGACAUCCAGGCGCCCGGUGCCAAGCUGGAGGGGGAGCUGGCCCUGGCCGACAAGGACGUGGCGGCCAAAGACAGCAAGUUCAAGAUGCCCGAGUUCAAGAUGCCCUCCUUCGGCGUGUCCGCGCCUGGCAAGCCCAGCCUGGAGGCCUCUCUGGAGGUGGGUGCGCCCAAGGUGGAGGCGGACGUGGCCCCGCCCCAAGUGCAGGGCGACCUGAAGACCCCUGACCUGAGCGUUCAGCUGCCGUCCGCCGACCUGGAGCUCAAGGCCCGCCAGGUGGGCGUGAAGCUGCCCGAGGGACAGCUGCCGGAGGCAGAGCUGCCCGCCGCCCAGGCUGCUGCUGCUGGGGCCGGCCUGAAGGGCCACCUGCCCAAGGUGCAGAUGCCCAGCCUCAAGAUGCCCAAGGUGGACCUCAAGGGACCCCACGUGGACCUGAAGGGCCCCAAAGUGGACGUGAAGGGCGCCAAGGGCGAGGUGAGCGCCCCCGACCUGGAGGUGUCCCUGCCCGGCGUGGAGGUGGACAUCCAGGCGCCCGGUGCCAAGCUGGAGGGGGAGCUGGCCCUGGCCGACAAGGACGUGGCGGCCAAAGACAGCAAGUUCAAGAUGCCCAAGUUCAAGAUGCCCUCCUUCGGCGUGUCCGCGCCUGGCAAGCCCAGCCUGGAGGCCUCUCUGGAGGUGGGUGCGCCCAAGGUGGAGGCGGACGUGGCCCCGCCCCAAGUGCAGGGCGACCUGAAGACCCCUGACCUGAGCGUUCAGCUGCCGUCCGCCGACCUGGAGCUCAAGGCCGGCCAGGUGGGCGUGAAGCUGCCCGAGGGACAGCUGCCCGAGGCAGAGCUGCCCGCCGCCCAGGCUGCUGCUGCUGCUGGGGCCGGCCUGAAGGGCCACCUGCCCAAGGUGCAGAUGCCCAGCCUCAAGAUGCCCAAGGUGGACCUCAAGGGGCCCCACGUGGACCUGAAGGGCCCCAAAGUGGACGUGAAGGGCGCCAAGGGCGAGGUGAGUGCCCCCGACCUGGAGGUGUCCCUGCCCGGCGUGGAGGUGGACAUCCAGGCGCCCGGUGCCAAGCUGGAGGGGGAGCUGGCCCUGGCCGACAAGGACGUGGCUGCCAAAGACAGCAAGUUCAAGAUGCCCAAGUUCAAGAUGCCCUCCUUCGGCGUGUCCGCGCCUGGCAAGCCCAGCCUGGAGGCCUCUCUGGAGGUGGGUGCGCCCAAGGUGGAGGCGGACGUGGCCCCGCCCCAAGUGCAGGGCGACCUGAAGACCCCUGACCUGAGCGUUCAGCUGCCGUCCGCCGACCUGGAGCUCAAGGCCGGCCAGGUGGGCGUGAAGCUGCCCGAGGGACAGCUGCCCGAGGCAGAGCUGCCCGCCGCCAAGGCUGCUGCUGCUGCUGGGGCCGGCCUGAAGGGCCACCUGCCCAAGGUGCAGAUGCCCAGCCUCAAGAUGCCCAAGGUGGACCUCAAGGGGCCCCACGUGGACCUGAAGGGCCCCAAAGUGGACGUGAAGGGCGCCAAGGGCGAGGUGAGCGCCCCCGACCUGGAGGUGUCCCUGCCCGGCGUGGAGGUGGACAUCCAGGCGCCCGGUGCCAAGCUGGAGGGGGAGCUGGCCCUGGCCGACAAGGACGUGGCGGCCAAAGACAGCAAGUUCAAGAUGCCCAAGUUCAAGAUGCCCUCCUUCGGCGUGUCCGCGCCUGGCAAGCCCAGCCAGGAGGCCUCUCUGGAGGUGGGUGCGCCCAAGGUGGAGGCGGACGUGGCCCCGCCCCAAGUGCAGGGCGACCUGAAGACCCCUGACCUGAGCGUUCAGCUGCGGUCCGCCGACCUGGAGCUCAAGGCCGGCCAGGUGGGCGUGAAGCUGCCCGAGGGACAGCUGCCCGAGGCAGAGCUGCCCGCCGCCCAGGCUGCUGCUGCUGCUGGGGCCGGCCUGAAGGGCCACCUGCCCAAGGUGCAGAUGCCCAGCCUCAAGAUGCCCAAGGUGGACCUCAAGGGGCCCCACGUGGACCUGAAGGGCCCCAAAGUGGACGUGAAGGGCGCCAAGGGCGAGGUGAGCGCCCCCGACCUGGAGGUGUCCCUGCCCGGCGUGGAGGUGGACAUCCAGGCGCCCGGUGCCAAGCUGGAGGGGGAGCUCUCCCUGGCCGACAAGGACGUGGCGGCCAAAGACAGCAAGUUCAAGAUGCCCAAGUUCAAGAUGCCCUCCUUCGGCGUGUCCGCGCCUGGCAAGCCCAGCCUGGAGGCCUCUCUGGAGGUGGGUGCGCCCAAGGUGGAGGCGGACGUGGCCCCGCCCCAAGUGCAGGGCGACCUGAAGACCCCUGACCUGAGCGUUCAGCUGCGGUCCGCCGACCUGGAGCUCAAGGCCGGCCAGGUGGGCGUGAAGCUGCCCGAGGGACAGCUGCCCGAGGCAGAGCUGCCCGCCGCCCAGGCUGCUGCUGCUGCUGGGGCCGGCCUGAAGGGCCACCUGCCCAAGGUGCAGAUGCCCAGCCUCAAGAUGCCCAAGGUGGACCUCAAGGGGCCCCACGUGGACCUGAAGGGCCCCAAAGUGGACGUGAAGGGCGCCAAGGGCGAGGUGAGCGCCCCCGACCUGGAGGUGUCCCUGCCCGGCGUGGAGGUGGACAUCCAGGCGCCCGGUGCCAAGCUGGAGGGGGAGCUGGCCCUGGCCGACAAGGACGUGGCGGCCAAAGACAGCAAGUUCAAGAUGCCCAAGUUCAAGAUGCCCUCCUUUGGCGUGUCCGCGCCUGGCAAGCCCAGCCUGGAGGCCUCUCUGGAGGUGGGUGCGCCCAAGGUGGAGGCAGACGUGGUCCCGCCCCAAGUGCAGGGCGACCUGAAGACCCCUGACCUGAGCGUUCAGCUGCCGUCCGCCGACCUGGAGCUCAAGGCCGGCCAGGUGGGCGUGAAGCUGCCCGAGGGACAGCUGCCCGAGGCAGAGCUGCCCGCCGCCCAGGCUGCUGCUGCUGCUGGGGCCGGCCUGAAGGGCCACCUGCCCAAGGUGCAGAUGCCCAGCCUCAAGAUGCCCAAGGUGGACCUCAAGGGGCCCCACGUGGACCUGAAGGGCCCCAAAGUGGACGUGAAGGGCGCCAAGGGCGAGGUGAGCGCCCCCGACCUGGAGGUGUCCCUGCCCGGCGUGGAGGUGGACAUCCAGGCGCCCGGUGCCAAGCUGGAGGGGGAGCUGGCCCUGGCCGACAAGGACGUGGCGGCCAAAGACAGCAAGUUCAAGAUGCCCAAGUUCAAGAUGCCCUCCUUCGGCGUGUCCGCGCCUGGCAAGCCCAGCCUGGAGGCCUCUCUGGAGGUGGGUGCGCCCAAGGUGGAGGCGGACGUGGCCCCGCCCCAAGUGCAGGGCGACCUGAAGACCCCUGACCUGAGCGUUCAGCUGCGGUCCGCCGACCUGGAGCUCAAGGCCGGCCAGGUGGGCGUGAAGCUGCCCGAGGGACAGCUGCCCGAGGCAGAGCUGCCCGCCGCCCAGGCUGCUGCUGCUGCUGGGGCCGGCCUGAAGGGCCACCUGCCCAAGGUGCAGAUGCCCAGCCUCAAGAUGCCCAAGGUGGACCUCAAGGGGCCCCACGUGGACCUGAAGGGCCCCAAAGUGGACGUGAAGGGCGCCAAGGGCGAGGUGAGCGCCCCCGACCUGGAGGUGUCCCUGCCCGGCGUGGAGGUGGACAUCCAGGCGCCCGGUGCCAAGCUGGAGGGGGAGCUCUCCCUGGCCGACAAGGACGUGGCGGCCAAAGACAGCAAGUUCAAGAUGCCCAAGUUCAAGAUGCCCUCCUUCGGCGUGUCCGCGCCUGGCAAGCCCAGCCUGGAGGCCUCUCUGGAGGUGGGUGCGCCCAAGGUGGAGGCGGACGUGGCCCCGCCCCAAGUGCAGGGCGACCUGAAGACCCCUGACCUGAGCGUUCAGCUGCGGUCCGCCGACCUGGAGCUCAAGGCCGGCCAGGUGGGCGUGAAGCUGCCCGAGGGACAGCUGCCCGAGGCAGAGCUGCCCGCCGCCCAGGCUGCUGCUGCUGCUGGGGCCGGCCUGAAGGGCCACCUGCCCAAGGUGCAGAUGCCCAGCCUCAAGAUGCCCAAGGUGGACCUCAAGGGGCCCCACGUGGACCUGAAGGGCCCCAAAGUGGACGUGAAGUACCCCCAAGUAGAUAUGUUUGACCACCAUGAUUCUGUGAGAACCCCUAACCAGGUUGGAUUUUUUCCAUUUUCUGAUCAAGUGGGUAACUCAAGGGACAUUUCUACCAGUUCGUGCCAUGAUUCUACUGAUGCUGGUCUUUCACCUCCUUUUGUGCCUUCUCAGUCCUUGUUGUCAUAUGUUCGUCCAUCUUUGAGUAUUGUUGACUCUCCACACGAAUCUCAAGGUAGUACACUCCCUCCUUUUACUGCUCGCGUAUUGUUCCCCAAAUUUCACAGACCUAAAUUUACCUUAUCUCUUCCACCUUCAGAGUCUGAAAACGUUCUGUCUGAGACUGAGUCUCAGGCUGUUGUCCAUUCUUUUGUUACGGCUCACACCCUGUCUGGUUCAGUAGUCCCUCAGGUCCUUUCUUCCGAUGCUGCUGCUUGUAGUGUUGUGGGUGUGUCCUCCAGUCAGCCUUCACUCAGUCAGCCACCUGAGGCACCUAAGCAAGAAGCAAAAGACACUUCCUUCAAAUUGCCUAGCGUCAAGUUACCUUCUUUUAAUUGGUCUCCAAAGAAGGCAGCAGAGAGUACAGGUGAUUCUCAGUCACAGGAGACACCCACACCCAGUCUAAGUUUGUCCUCAAUGGAAAUGGAUUCUCAAAUUCAAAGUAGUGUUUCCAUAGUGGAAUCCCCCCAGCAUGCCCCUCUGGAAAAGGACGUGGAGAAAGGAAGAAGCCGGAAGCUGAGCUUUUCCAUGCCAAGACUGGCACUACCCAAGAUAAAGGUUUCUAAGGGGACGGCUUCUGUGCCACACGGAGACAUGAGGCCUUCACUCAGUGGUACCACAUCUGGAGGUGAUUUGGUAGUCGUAGAAACAGCUGUCAGUGAUGCCCACGUUGGGGACACUCAUUCAAAAGAUGUCACCACAGAACUCCAUGUCAGAUCCCCCUCAACCACAGCAGAGUUGGUUAGGUCCAAAACUGAGCUUCCUUCUUCCAAAGAUGAUCUGAAUGUCAGAGGUGACAGCAAAAGUCUCAUGACUGUCUCUGCAAGUCAGCCCUUUGGGGAACUGGUACCACCCAGAACAGAAGGUCCCCUGCAGCCAUCCGGUAGACAGAGAGAUAACGCCUGCACCAUGGAAACCCCUGAGAUGGAUCCCACAGCAAAGGAGACGUCAACAGACUCGAAUGAGCGCCGGUUCAAAAUGCCCAAGUUCAGAGUUCCUGGUUUCAGACGCUCCUCAUCCAAGGAGCGAGACCGGCUUGGAGAACAGGAAGCCACUCAAAAGUCACAGACUCAGGUCAUCAGCAUCCCCUUGGAGGCAGAAGAAAAAGCAGCAGCCUGCGUGCAGCUGUCCCAUGUGCCUGAGUCCAAGGUAGAGGCACAUAUCUCCCUGGAGACCCCAGAGGAAGGGACCAGUGUGAAGCCCGUAGAGAGCCCAACGUAUGCAGAUGUUGUAAAACGAGAUCUCCACGGGACAGGCUCGAGGAUGCAUAGCUCCACUGUUGAGCAUUCCCACACACAUCUGUCCACCCCUGAGUUUGGGACCCAUCUAUAUAAAGACUCUGUCUCCCUUGUGAGGGUCUCAGAACCCCAGCUUCCUCCAGAAGAAACAGGCAAGCAGCAGCAUCCUGGGCCAGGAGGAAAUAUCCCUGCUGAGAUGGAGGCUAGAACAGGAAGCUUGCCUUCCCAGCCGCGAGGGCCUCUGAGGCUGAAGGCCUCCAUCACUGAUGUGGCAUCCCAGGUCUCUGUGGUGAGCAUGAGUCAGCUCUGGGAGGAUUCUGUAUUGACUGUUACAUUUCCCAAACUGAAGGUACCCAGGUUCUCCUUCCCUGCUCCCAGCUCUGAGGCUGAUGUGUUCUUUCCUGUGGUGAGGGAGGUCGAAGCCAGCAUUACUGGUCCCAUGCAUACAGGUAGCCCUGGGCUCUGGGAAGCCAGCAUUCUAAAGACAGGCGCCGAGGACACCAGAAUGCCACCAGCAAGCCUUGAGCAAUCUUUGGAAGCAUCCCCAAUUUCUAAGGUCAGAGUGCACAUUCAGGGGUCUCGAGGUGAAAGCCAAGAAGUCGCUCUUCCUAGCAGGAUGGAAAGGUGGAGCGCUGACCCCUUAGCUCCUGGAGCCUUUUGUACCCAGAUUGUGCGGGAGUCAGAGAUCCCUGCUUCUACAAUCCAAACUCCUUCUUACGGAUUUUCUUUGCUGAAAGUGAAAAUUCCAGAGCCCCCUGUGCAGGCCUGUGUGUAUACAGUGGCUCCUGAUUCGCAGCCGCAGGAGAGUGUGGGUGGAGCUCCCUCACCAGCCGCUGCAGGGGGACACUCUGCUCCUGCUGAGGCCCCACCUGAUACUGGCGAACCAUUUGAGAUUAUCUCUUCCAGUGUUGGCGUGCCUCCGGGGCCCCAACUUGCAGACAGCACCUCUGAUGAGGAGCCCGCAGAGAUUCUUGAGUUUCCUGAGGACAGCCAGGAGGUUAAGGUCUCUGGCAUGGAUACAAAACAGAAACCAGAAGGUAAAAAGGCCAGCCUGUUGUGGUCCUGGCUUCCGAGUAUUGGGUUUUCCUCCGUGGAAGAGAUGGCUGCUGAGUCCAGAGACACAACCCAAAGAUCCCCUGUCCACGUGCAGCCUACCGCUCGGCUGGACCCCGAACUGCCCAGGAAACAGGAGAAGGCGGGCUGGUUCCGGUUUCCCAAGUUAGGGUUCUCCUCUUCACCCACUAAGAAGCCCAGGAACACUGAAGACGGGGAAGGCCAGGAAGAGCACAAGCCCCAGGAGGAGACAGUCACCUUUUUUGAUGCUCGAGAAAGCUUUUCCCCAGAGGAGGAGGAGGAAGCCAAGUCAGAGGGGACAAGUGCCAGGCCUGGUUCUGAAGCAAUGGUGGCAUCCUCUGCGAGAACAGAACUCGUACUGUUGGAACAGGCUAGAGACACUGGUGACAAACCUAUCCCCAGGCCCGUGGCCAAAUGAGGUGAGAGGUCCGAGUCAGUGGAUGAGACCAGCCAACUAGAACCUGAAACUUAGGGUCUGAAAGCAACCCCAUAGCCCCUAGAACACGCGAUUGAUCUUGUGUCAAUCCACAGGCUUAAAACCAAAGCAGAAAUAAACAGCACUUAACCUGUCUCACACACAGCCCUCCUAUAGGGAACCGAAAUCCGCUACUUUCUUCCAAGCUUUGGAAGCAACGAAGGCUGCCAAAUUGUCUGGUUCUGGGAGCUCUGUUGGCCUUCGUGGGGUAAGUCCCAAGAGGCUGCCCAACACCACGAGAGCAACGUUGUCUCUGAAGUACCCAUGCCUGUGUGGGUAGGAGCAGCUUUUGGGGUAACCUCUGCCUUGCCGCUGCUGUUCCUAGUGACCUCAGCCAGCAGGGUGUGUGGUGUGUCCUUCCAACUCACAUACUCGAUCCUUCCUCGACUCUUUCGCUAAUGGCAAGCUUUGGGGCGCAGACUGUGAGGGUGUGUACGCGCGGCACAAAGGUCUGCACUCAGUGGUACCUGCGGGUUGCCCAGCAGGGUUCACACACGGGUUUACCAUUAGACCUUGGUGUGUGUCUGUUUGUCUGUCUGCCUGCCAGUGUGCUACUACUUUCCCAGAUGUGUACAACUUCCAUGCUCUGCCCAGAGCACCUCAUGUACAGAUUGCAGCCCAUUCAGUCACCUUCAAUAAAGGAAGCAAUGCA